UUUGCUUUUCUUUUCUUCUUACAGAUCAUAGUCUAUCGGUGAAAUGUGCAGUCGGCGCCAACGGACAGGCAAAACUGACCUUCUAAAGUGUCCAAGAAAAGCACCAACGUUGUAACAGUCAGGUUGCCAUUAAUUAAGCAAGUGAACACGUUCUCCCAUUGGCAAAAGCUCUGACGGACACGAGAACUGACAUACAGAUGCACACACCGGCCAUUCACCGUAGGCCCAUGAAACCGACCGGAGUAUUUUAAGGACCACAUUAGCUAAUAAAUGCAAUCUCUAAUUAGCCAGAUAAUCAAACACCGCACAGCAGCGCUACUGACAAUGCACCGAGUGUGAAACGGAGUCAAUUGAGCCCCACAGGGAAGGCGUACUCAAAUGCCCCAAAAGCCUAGAGGCAUUAUAUAGAGAAUAGUGUACUCAAAUAUACGUAGCAGGAAAACCUAUAAAGUAUCGCAGAAAAGCACAAGCAUGACGACGACCAAGACGAAGGAAACCGGCAGCAGAUCGGUAGCGAUGCUGAGGAGGCACCUGCACCCAUAUCUGAUCGUCCUUUUAGUGUUAGUUAGCUGCUGUUUAGAUAGGAUUGACAGUUGGACACCAGACGUCCUGACCAAGUCAUACAUUACAUACGAUAACACGAUACCAGCCUUCUUCGGCAACAGCACUGAUUACUUUAAGUUGCUAGAUCAAGAUGACAAUUCGAUACUGAUAGGGGCGCGAAAUGCGCUGUACAACAUCAGCCUGGAUCGGUUAAUCGAGCAUCCGAGCCAGCGGGUCAUGUGGACCUCAUCCGACGCUCACCGGGAACUGUGUACACUCAAGGGCAAGACGGACCAGGACUGCCAAAACUACAUUCGAGUAUAUGCGCGGUUAGGCGCUAAUAAGAUCAUGCUUUGCGGGACAAAUGCUUACAAACCGCUCUGUCGGUAUUAUAACCUGCUGCCGAGUAAUGGUUCAAUUGCGUACGAUAACAAUGAGAUGGAGGCCCUUGGGCGAUGUCCGUACAAUCCACUGCAUAAUAGCACUUAUGUAUUUACCGAUGGCCACCUUUACUCGGCCACGGUAGCGGAUUUCUCGGGAGCGGAUCCCCUGAUAUAUCGUGAACCGCAGCGAACGGAACAAUACGACAGCAAGCAGCUCAAUCAGCCGGCUUUUGUGAGCGCCGUGGAACACAAUGGCUAUGUGCUAUUUUUCUUCCGAGAAGUGGCCGUCGAGUACAUGAACUGUGGCAAAGCAAUUUAUUCGCGUGUAAGCCGCGUCUGCAAAAACGAUAAAGGAGGUCCACAUCCGUUGAAUGACCGAUGGACGUCGUUCCUGAAAGCCCGGCUGAAUUGUUCCAUACCGGGCGAAUAUCCGUUCUAUUUCGAUGAAAUCCAAUCCACUACGAAGACGAUCAAUGGAAUCUAUGGGAGCGAGACGAAUCAGAUCAUCUAUGCGAUAAUGACCACACCUGAAAAUGCCAUCGGUGGUUCGGCGGUUUGUGCUUUUGCCAUCCAAGACAUUCUGGACGCUUUCGAGGGCCCAUUCAAAUGGCAGCAAAGCAUUAAUUCCAACUGGCUACAGGUACCACAAAACCAAGUGCCGGAACCACGCCCGGGAAAGUGCGUUGACGACAGUCGAACGCUACCGAAAGCAUCGGUAAACUUUGUCAAGAUGCACACUUUGAUGGAUUCGUCAGUUCCGUCUCUACAUGCCCGACCCGUUUUUACGCGCGUCAGCCUACUGUACCGAUUGUCCGCGAUCACUGUCGAUCCACAGGUGAAAGCGCUGGACGGCAAAACGUACGACGUGAUCUUCGUAGGAACCAAUGACGGAAAGGUUAUUAAAUUCGUUAACAUAAUGUCGUCCGACUCGACGGAUGAGGUCAAAACAGUAACAAUCAGUGAAACUCAAGCAUUCCCAAUUGGCACCAAAGUGAACGAAAUGACAAUUUCGAAGAAGAGCAAAAAACUUAUUGUCAUAAGCAAUGGGAAGAUAAUUUCACUGCCACUUAGUAAUUGCAACGAACACGAGUUCAAAUCAUGCCGCAAGUGCCUCGAGCUACAAGAUCCCUACUGCGCUUGGGACGAUGAGAACCGAGAGUGUCGAAACACCGAUGAACUACACCAAAGUAGUCGAACGGUUGGACGUUUCUUCCAGCGGUUAGAUGGAUUAAACAUCAACGAAAUCUGCAAAAAGUACGAUCAGCGUGACCAACGACAACAUAAAGCUGAAGAAAACGACGUCUACAUGAGAGUUGAUGGGUCCGGAUCGGCGGAAAAGGAUAACCCACUGGAAACGAAGAACAUCGUCAUCAUCCAAGGCACGGUGACCUCCGUGGGCUCGGUCGACAUUGAUAAUGAAAUAUCGAAGAGCUCGAUCGAGGGUAGCGUGCUGACGAAUAAAAUUGGAUCCCAUCCUUACCACCAUAAAACAGAUACUCUUGUCAAAGAAAACGUGUCGAUUGCUUCAUUCACUGGCAGCUCAGCGUGA